CUGAUGCAGAUGGUGGAUAACGGAGAGCAUCCCGGUCCACGGAUACUGCACCAGAGUUGGAAAACCCACGAGUUGCCAGCCCAUUUCGAAAAAUGGAGCAAGGCUUGGAGAAAAUAUCAUGGCGAUGACUGGCUGUGA